UGUCACGUCGUUGUGGGCAGCGUCAAUCGUCAUCUCUGUGCGACACAUCAACGGGCAAAGCGUCGCAGGAUGAGCUAACGUCGUACAACCUGGCUAAUAGUGACAACAAAACUUUUUAGACAGCAUUUGGUGUGUUUCUUUUCCUGUGGUAUUCCGAUAGGUUAGUUUGGAUCUAAAAACGGCACCGUUAGGCUCUACUGUGGGUUUCAGGAUGGAUAAUAAAGAGCUGGUGGAGUACUUCAGGCAUCAGAUGAGGAAAGACCCGGACAUGGCCUCAGCUGUGGCUGCGAUCCGGACUCUGCUCGCUUUCCUCAAGAGAGAUAACGGUGAAACUAUCCUGGGCCUGAGGGAGAGCCUGAAGUGGGCCACAGGCUGCCUGAUGGAGGAGGACUCCUCCGUAGCCGUGUCCUCAGGAGGAGAGCUCUUCCUGCGCUUCAUAAGCCUCACGUCUCUGGAGCACCAGGACUUGUCUCGCUGUAAGAAGGUGAUGGAGGAGAGAGGAGAAUUUUUUCUAAAGAAAAUUUCAAUGUCCAGAUCCAAGGUUGCCAAGCUGUGUCACACCUUCAUCAAAGAUGGCGCUAAAAUCCUGACUCACUCCUACUCCAGAGUCGUCCUCCGGGUGCUGGAAAAAGCUGCAGGCGACAAGAAACGCUUCUCUGUCUAUGUGACGGAGUCGCAACCUGACUCAGCUGGGCGACAGAUGGCAGAAGCCCUGAGAAAACUCAAUGUUCCAGUGACUGUUGUCUUGGAUGCAGCUGUGGGGUAUGUCUUGGAGAAAGUGGACUUGGUCAUUGUCGGUGCAGAGGGCGUGGUGGAGAGCGGAGGGAUCAUCAACAAGAUCGGCACGUACCAGAUGGCCGUGUGCUCCAAAGCUCACAACAAGCCCUUCUAUGUUGUUGCUGAGAGUUUCAAGUUUGUGCGUCUCUAUCCACUCAACCAACGGGACGUGCCAGAUAAGUUUAAGUACAAAGCCGAUACCCUGAAGACUGUACAGAACCUGUCGGAGGAGCAUCCGAUAAUUGAUUACACCCCUCCCUCCCUCAUCACCCUCCUCUUCACUGACCUUGGAGUCCUCACCCCGUCUGCUGUGAGCGACGAACUCAUCAAGCUUUAUUUAUAACUCAGUUAUCAAAUAAAAACCAUUAUCAAAAGGUAAA